AUGGCGGAGCACUUGUUGCCUCCUCUUCCAGGUUCCCGGUACAGCAUGCUAGUUAGUCACGUUCCCUUCAGUAAACCAGCUAUCGCCAAGGUGAUUCCAAAUGCUACGUUUAUAACAAUUCUACGCCACCCCGUAGCUGUAUACGAGUCAAUUUUUGGAUUUUUUCAUGUUUCUCGCAUCCUCCGGCUACGAAACACUGAAAGACAAGAACCAUUCGAAAUGUUUUUGUCAAAUCCAAACCUGUAUCUUAAACGUAUUAAGAGCCCAUACUUUAAAACAUUACUGAGAAAUAGACAAAUAUUUGAUGUCGGGCUUGACCCUGAAAACAAUGACAAUGAAACACUCGUUGAUCACGUGAUACAACAGGCAACGAAGGAUUUUGGUUUGGUCAUGAUUGCUGAAUAUUUUGAUGAAUCGCUCAUUUUGUUGAAGAAGCUUUUAUGCUGGGAAUUUGAAGAUAUCCUGUAUAUGAAGCAGAAUACAAGGAACGACAAACUGCGAUCAGAACUUAACGAUUGGAAAACACAGCGAAUUUUGAAAAUAAACAGCGCUGAUUUUAAACUGUAUCAACACUUCAACAACACUUUCUGGCUCAAGGUCAGGGAGUACGGUGACAGUUUUGAUGAAGACUUGGCGACAUUUCGAAGUAUGUUACGUAAGAUGAUUUCAGAAUGUCUAGAUGAAGGCAGAUAUGUCAUUGACUAUUCGCAUCGCAGAAAUAGGACACUUUUGAAACAGAACGCACCGAGUUACUGUAUCAAAAUAAAGAAUUGGGGUUUUAAGGAAAUUGUUGAACGACAACGACGAAGAGGGCGUCACACGUGA